GUAAUGGGGAACUGAGAGGAUUUGAACUGGAGCUACUACACUACACUACACUCACAAACAGGUCUGCUGGACCUGCAUGAGUUCAGUGAAAACAGUCCCCCACUGCAGUGAUGGAGCCGAGGAAUCAAGAGCUGUAUUCUAGUAUUCUGACUCCAGAAGCAGGGGAUUGGGAAGGAGGACAUCUCAGAGCAGGCCUCUUGGAGAAGGAGCCCCUGCAGGAAGUGGACGAGGAAAUGGUGUCAGAGGUGGACCUGAACAACACCAUAACAGAGGAAGAGAAAGAGGAAAUGCACAAUGAGCUGACUAAGUUAGAGGAAGAAAUUACUACCCUGAGGCAAGUGCUGUCCUCCAAAGAGAAGCGUCACUCAGAGCUAAAGCAGAGGUUGGGGAUCACACCGCUGAGUGAGCUCAGACACAACCUGAGCAGAGGCUGGAAUGACAUGCAGACAAGCACAGCAUACAAAAAAACAUCUGAGACGCUCAGUACGGCAGGCCAGAAAACAACUGCAGCUUUCAGCAACCUGGGCAGUGCCAUUAGUAGGAAGUUUGGAGAUAUGAGAUCAAAUUCAAUAGGCUACUCUAUUCGCCACUCUGUGAGCAUGCCCACCAUGAGGAACUCGCCUAGUUUUAAGUCCUUUGAGGAGAAGGUUGAAAGCACUGUAACCAACAUCAAGUCGAAGGUCGGUGGGACCAGCAGUGGAGGCAGUUUUGAGGAGGUUCUCUCUUCAGCAGCUCAGGCCAGUGCUCAGGACAUCCCCACUAACAACCUGACAGAAAACAGUGAGCGCACGUGUUAAUGACCCCUGCCUGCUUCAAGCCUAACCUGGAGAUGGACCUGAGCUGCCCCCUGUGGCCAGGUGUCUGCAGUCGCUUUUUCAGGAAAGAAUACCUGAAGCCCAAGAUAACCAGCCAUUACCACAUAUUUUAUCCACAUCUUUAACCAAAACAUUACAGUCAGAGGUUGUGUGUGUUGGUAUGGCUUUUAUCCAAAUACUUAAUCAUUUAAACUCUUUUGUAUUUAAAAAGAAAUGCAAUGUGUUUAUUCGUGUAUACUGAGCUACCUUCUCAGUAACUGUUUUUUCCCCCACUUAUAUGAUACAAAAGAAAUUAGAUUAUAUUAAAUGCAUAUUAAAUGUAAAUCAAUUUAUUGAACGAAAAUAAUGAGACAAAAUACUUUAAAUGAUUUUACACAACCAGACUGAGCUUUGUUUCAUGGACCAAUGAGAAGUAUUGUGCUUUACUGAGACAUAUGUCUUUGAUCCAUGUUUUGACAAGUUGAUUGUUGUUGCAUCCUUAUAGACCCACAUAUCCUUAUUAUGCGUGUGUUUUACAAAAUAAACUGCUUGCAAGCAUGUUGUAGUUACUGAACAGAGGAGAAACUGUUUCCUGGACAAGGUAAUUAUCCCUGUCCAGGAUCCCAACCCCAGCAGGGAUUUAGCCUAGUCCUGGAUUAUACUUUACUUUCAGUAGUAGAGAAUCUCCAUUCAGGCUUAACCCAUUGGGGUCAUUUACCAGACAUGAAUUAAGCCUAGUCCUGGACUACACAGCAUUUUGAAUGGACAUAAUCCAUUGAAAGUAAAAUAUAGUUUUCUGACAAGUUUCACUGUCCAGGACUUGACAUUAUAUGCUCAUGUAUAUAAAGAUAAAAUAUUUCACCACAAACUUAUUUCAGCCACAACAAUUUUCCUCAAAAUGUUAAUCAACAGAGACAAUAAAAAAGAAGAUUGUUUUUGUGCUCAUAGAGUCCCAUUAUUGGUCUCAUAGCUUUAAAGUUUUAGUUUUUUCCUCUGGGAAAAUGAACCAGGAAAACAAUACCAAACAUAUUUAAUUUCAACAGUAUUUAAGGAAAGCAUAACUUUCCUAGGUAACACACAAGUAUACCGUCACUGAAGUAUAUCCCUGAUACUGAGCAAGCGCUCCCUGGAAGCAACAUGUUAAGUAUUUUUAAAUGUGAUGUAAAAUCAACAGUAAUAAUUUUAUGGAAAAAAAAAAUGUUUUUGUAUCUUUCAGAAUGUUUUUGUCCCUAUAUACUUUAACAUUGUUUUAAACUUACACACUUAACACUAUACAAACCAACUGUACUAUAAAGCAUUUUGUAAUGUUAUUAAUGCCCUUCUUGUAUACCAAGUUUUGAAGUUUAUGCAUAACUUAAUAUUAAAAGAAUUUUGCAAAGUCA